UCGAACGUUUGCAAUACGGUCACACAAAUCUCCACUGAAAACGCUACUCGCUUUUAACUCCUGUUGAAAAAAUCAGGAUUUAUUAAUAAAAACAUUUCGGCUUGCUCCUAAAAGAGUGUGCGGUACAAUAAAACUAAUCGUUUAACAAAUCGGCGAUACGAAAAUGGCGCGUGCCCAGAGUCCCGCCGGCGAGGGUGAGAAGGAAAAGGACAACAAGGAGAAGGACGCCAAAGAGAAGGACGGUAAGGCGACCAGCGGCUCCUCGCGCAGGGACCGCGAGCGCAAACGCCGCGGAUCGGCGUCCUCCAGCAGCGACUCCAGAAGCAGCUCAUCGGACAGCAGCUCCUCGCGCAGCAGCUCCGGGUCAUCCCGUUCCAGCUCAAGCAGCUCCAGCGACUCCUCGAGCUCCUCAUCGUCGUCGUCCAGCGACUCGGAACGUACCGACAAGAAUCGACGACGUGGCGGAGCUGCUGGCAAAGACAAGGACAAGGAUAAGCCCAGCGCCCGAUCACGUUCCCGCUCUCGCACCCGUUCCCCCAGGCGCGUCUCCAAAUCUCCCAGACCGGGCAGCAAGACGCGAAAGGAGCCGGAGCGAGAUCGCGAUCGUCGUAGUCGGUCGAGGGAUCGUGCCCGCCGUGCUGGAUCCAACGAUAGGCCAGCGGUCGAUAGCAAUAAUGUUAAACGCGAGCGCUCCCGCUCAGCCAGUCGUUCACGAUCGCCACGUCGGCGUGGUCGUGGCUCCGUGGAGAGGACGCCGCCACCGAAGAGAAGGGAGCGCUCCCGGUCGCGCAGCCGCACACGGUCGCCUACGCCCAAACCGGUGCGCAUUCAUGUCGGUCGGCUCACCCGCAACGUGACCAAGGACCAUGUGUUUGAGAUAUUUAGCAGCUUUGGGGAUGUGAAGAAUGUGGAGUUCCCCGUAGAUCGUUAUCACCCGAAUUUCGGACGCGGCGUGGCGUUUGUGGAAUACGCCACGGCCGAGGAUUGCGAGUCGGCCAUGAAGCACAUGGAUGGCGGGCAGAUAGAUGGCCAGGAGAUCACGGUAUCCCCGGUUGUCAUACCUAAACAGCGUCCGCCCAUGCGUCGUCCCUCGCCACCGAUGCGUCGUCCACCAAAUAACCGCUGGCGAUCCCCACCCCAGUUUAACAGGUUCAACAAUCGUGGAGGAGGUGGUGGCGGCGGCGGCGGACGUCGUCAGUCACCCAUUAGGAACCGACGUUCACCACGUCGCCGCUCCCGCUCUCCCAUUCGUCGACGACGUCGCAGCAAUAGCAGUGACAGCUCUCGUUAGAGGACACCGAUCGACUCCUAGUUUCUACAAUUGACACGAUUACUGCACUUUUCUUUAUAUUUUAAUUCAAAUAAUAAACGUGAGCAGAGGCCACACACAUAGAGA